GCAUGGCAGUGAUUCACGUGUGUUUCGUUUGGAGUUUGUCUCAAAUCAGGAAUUUACUGAAAGUGAGUUUAUGAAGUGGAAGGAAGCGAUGUUCUCUGCUGGGAUGCAGCUACCCACACUAGAUGAGAUAAACAAGAAGGAAGUGUCCAUCAAAGAAGCCCUUAACUACAAGUUUAAUGACCAGGACAUUGAGGAGAUUGUGAAAGAGAAGGAAAGGUUCAGAAAAGCACCUCCAAAUUACGCUAUGAAGAAAACUCAGCUGCUAAAGGAGAAGGCUAUGGCUGAGGACUUGGGGGACCAAGAUAAGGCCAAACAGAUUCAAGAUCAGCUUAAUGAACUUGAAGAGAGAGCAGAGGCCCUGGAUCGUCAGCGAACAAAAAACAUUUCUGCAAUCAGUUACAUCAACCAGAGAAAUAGAGAGUGGAAUAUUGUUGAAUCUGAGAAGGCUCUUGUGGCUGAAAGUCACAGCAUGAAAAACCAACAAAUGGACCCCUUUACCAGGCGGCAGUGCAAGCCCACAAUAGUGUCUAAUUCCAGAGAUCCUGCUGUCCAAGCUGCCAUCCUUGCCCAGCUAAAUGCAAAAUACGGGUCUGGUGUAUUACCAGAUGCUCCAAAGGACAUGAGUAAGGGUCAAGGAAAGGAUAAAGAUGUGAACUCUAAAUCAGCCAGUGACCUCUCAGAAGAUCUUUUCAAAGUGCAUGACUUUGAUGUAAAGAUUGAUCUUCAGGUUCCCAGUUCAGAAUCUAAGGCACUGGCCAUCACCUCCAAGGCUCCACCAGCAAAAGAUGGUGCCCCUCGGCGAUCAUUGAACUUGGAGGACUACAAAAAGAGGCGGGGGCUUAUUUGAGCGUGCCCACUCUGCUGCUUCUGAUCCUGCAUGCUCCAUGACAAUGUCCUACCUUUUCUUCCUCCCUUUUCAGUUCUCCCUUCUGGGUUGGAGCAGCAACGGAGCUGGGAAGGACUCUUUAAAACUGCCAGUCAUCUGUAACAUAAACCAUUCAACUAUUUACUGUAUAGACCUCCCUUCUUGCCCUUUCCUCCUGCCCCCCUCACAAAUGUGGAUCUGUGCUAUUUGGGGUUUUCCCAUUUCUUUUAGUUUGAGUUUUGUUUUUAUUUUGUUGAUGCAAUUCAUUGGUCCACUCUGUGUUCAGUAUUAGCCUGAGGUCUGGAUUUCCAUAGGAAUCUCUUGGUGGUCGCUGAAUCAGCACUUGGCGAUCUCCCCUUACCACCACAGGCACGGUGAAUAAACCUUGGCGCAAGACCUUUAUGGCUGGAAGGUCAUCUGCACUUUUUUUUCCUCCUUUUCUUCCUCCUUCAUCCUAGCUUUGGAGAAGGGAAUCUUCAAAAACUGGCUUAGGUUCAAAGUGUAAAUUUUUUUGGGAGGGUUGUGUGACUUUUUUUCAGGUGUUUUUUAUCAUUUUUAAGCUGCAGUACUAUUUGUAUCCGUCUGUCACAGUUCUUUACGGCUGUUUCGAAUUUCUACCAGCUGUACUUGAGCAUCUGAAAUUGCAAGAAAGAAACUCAUUAAAUGUGAUUCUUCUUACUAAAA